UUACUGAGUGUUAACAGACAAUAUGGUGAGACUGUCCGAACAACGGCCCUGUCUCAAAACCUCUCCUGUAUCUGAAUUAGUGCACGAAAGGUCUGAGUAUAGCAAAAUGUGGUUUUCACAUACUAUUUGAAAUGUCUUGAAGAGGUGAGGAGAAGAGAUACUAACAUGUAUUCUUUUUUUCCCCUAGGUCUGGAAAUCACAAAUCUGCAAGACCAAAUAAAAAAAAAAAACAAUCCCCCCAUUCCUUUACACCAUAUCUUGGUGAAUUGUCCCUCCAUCUGGUGACAGUUAAAGCCCUAUCCGGGACCUUGCUGCAAGCUGUCAUUUCUUUUGGAACCACUCUCAGCAAAAAAAAAAGAAGAAAGAAAAGAACAAGAAGUUCUUUCAUGUGAAAAGGACAAGACUGCUGUGACCUUGCUAACUAUUCAUAUUCCCUGGUUAGCAGAGACACUUAAAUGAUGACUUGUGUGAAGACAGACACGGUUAUUUUUCUCUUCAAGGGUGUGACACAGUGAAAAGUAUCACCAAUCCAGUGAGAGCGCAGGCACUUUGUAAACACUCAGGCCACAGUACCCAUCACUCUGGAUGUAGUAGAACCAUAGGAUAGGAGUCUACAAAAUAAGUGAAGUUUGGGGAAAAUGGCCUGUGAAUUUAAUCUAAACUUCCUUAAGGAAUUGGAACGAGAGGCUGUUCUGGAAGUCCUGUACCGUGACCAGAUGGUGAGAAAAACAGAAGAGGAAAGAAUAAGGAACCUGAAACUGCAGCUGCAGCAGCUUCGGUGGAAAGGGGCAAGAAAUGUAAGCCAUGAAUACCAGGAGAGAUCUUGUGCUCGCUGUCAGAAACCGCUUGGGUUAAUCAUGAACAGAGGUGCAGUAUGCAACGGGUGCAGUCAUCGAGUGUGCUCUGAAUGCCGUGUUUGCCUGAAUCCCUGCCUUUGGAAAUGCACUGUUUGUUACGCCCAUGGAGAUGUGAAAGUAAAGGCUGGUGAAUGGUUCUUUGAGGAACGAGCAAAGAAAUAUCCAGGUGAAGGCAGACAUGAAACAGUUGGUGCAAAGCUCUUGAAAUCUUAUCAGAAACUGAGCAAAAUUUCUGUCGUACCUCCAACUCCACCUCCUUUCACAGAAUCCACAUCAGGAAGCAAUGUGACGGAACUCAGUCGGUCUAAAUGUUUUAAUAAGUCUGUGGAAAACUUGUUUUUGUCUCUCACAACACAUAUAAAAAAAAUGUCUAAGUCCCAGAAUGAUAUGGCUGACAGAUGUCUCCUAACCACAGAUUAUGGGCAGAAUGUGGAAAGAAGGAAGGAAAGAAGGAGCCAGUCUGACACUGCCAUCAACAUUACAAGCAGGAUGAAAAGUACACCCAGUCUUCAACAGCUCAUCACUGGUGCCCAAAAUGACAGUGAAAUUCUGACCAAAAGGAAUUUCAAGGAGGAAGAAGACAUAACAACCAGUGUCACAAGUGAUGCAGUUUUCUGUGAUGGCAGAAAACACGGGAGUUUGUUUAGUCUUAACAGCACUUGCACUGAGUCUGGCAAUUUUGACAAGGCUGACGUCACAGGAGAAAUAGAGUUUGCCAUAAGAUACAUCUUUAAAGCUUGCAUCUUAGAAAUUUCCAUCAAGGGAUGCAAGAACCUGGCUUAUGGAGAAGAGAAGAAGAAAAAGUGUAACCCGUAUGUUAAGGUUUAUUUACUUCCCGAUAAAUCUCCUCGGAGUAAGCGGAAGACAGCUGUCAAAAAGAGCACAGUGGAUCCAGUAUUCGAUGAGACUUUGAAGUACAAGAUUGAAUACUCACAGCUGGGAAGUCGGCAGCUUCAGAUCUCGGUGUGGCAUGCAGGAGCACUCAAAUACAGGGUGUUUUUGGGGGAAGUGGUGAUUCCACUGGCAGCAUGGAAUUUCGAAGAUAACUCAGUGCAGUUGUUCAACUGGUACCAGCUCAAUGCCAAGCUUAAAAAGCCUGAAGAUGUUCUUAUCCAGUACAGCAGCGAACUCCUCGUGUCUGUGAGACUGUCAGUACCAGCCCAGUAUAAAAAUUUCCAGUUUGAAGGCAAAAAAGCCCAAGGAGUUCCUAACUGCCAGCUUCAGGUUAUGGUGUUUGGGGCCAAGAACUUGCCGGUGCUGAGAUCUGCUGGAAUGCCAAACUCAUUCGUUAAGGGUUGUCUCAUCCUUCCAGACCAAGCAGAGGUAAAGCGAAAGUCUCCUGUCCUGAAGAAAGAAGCCUCUCCCCAGUGGAAACACUUGUUUGUCUUUGACGGUGUUACCCCAGCUCAGCUACAGCAAUCAUGUCUACAUUUGACUGUCUGGGACCAGUCGGGUUCCCGCUCAAGCGAUCAGUUCCUAGGAGGAGCCAAGCUUGGUGCAAAGGAGUCGUUUGGCUGUACGGACCUUGUUUCUCAGUCAGUGCUCCAAUGGCAGGAAGUGCUCCACCGUCCAAACACAUGGAUGGACUUUACGCUUGCACUGCAUUCAAAUAAGGAAAACUUCAAGUCGUGAGAGAUUUUUGCACAACUCCUGCUUCCCCAUGCGUGGGAUGGACUUUUCAGGACUGGGGAGAGGUAUGCCACAACAGUACCUACUCCAGCUUUUGGGGAAGAGAAUUAUGCAUUUGAAAGUGUGUGUCAUUCUGACAGUUUUUGUUCCAGAAGUUAAGGCUUUAUCUGUGUCU